AUGGCAGCGUCUCAGUCUCUCGGUAUCCAGUUCAUGACUUCCAAGUGGCACAACUUUUACCACGCUCUUGCUAUUCCUUUUACUGCUGAAUUUGACUCUUGCAAAGCAGAUGCGAUCCGUGGGCACCGUGAUAAGUACCUGGACCCAGAACCUCACACUUGUGUUUGGGAUCACAACAUCCUUGACGGUAUACAUGCUUGGCACAAAGAUCCUAAUCAGCAACAAUGUAUCUUCGCUACACCAGAGCAAUUACAAAUUGACCCUGGACCUUUUCAUCCCGCCUUGCUUCGUAAUGAAGAUGACAUCUUGUAUGUUGGCCUUGAGUUCAUGCACCGGAAAAUCGCACAGUACAACAUUGCUACUUACGAGUUUGCGGGAGAACAGGUAGAAUUCGAGAUCGUCAAAUACCGGUGUGCAUUCCUCAUGAACGAGCGUGACUCGGAAUUCAGCAUUAAUUUCCGCCACAAUAUUUCCAAGAUCACCUACAAGUUGACUCAUAUCAAGCUGGGAGACUCACGCGCUAUGGUAUGGGAACCCAAUCAUCUCACGUACCUUGACAUUCCUCUUCCAUGUGAACGCAAAGAAGUGUCGUGUAUCGCGCAUGCAGGGAAAGUGCAUGAUGAGGACGGAGAUACUUACUUUGAAGAGCUCAGGCUAUAUCUGUCUGGCGGACAGCUGCCCGCUCGUUGCACACCUGGCUCGGAGGCGCAUCGAUCAUUUCUUUUGUGCGCGCAAUGCUAUAUGUGGCAUGAUGCACGUCUGUGGCACUUGAGCAUCAAGGAGCAACCACAGCUCGUGAUUACUGACAAGAAACGUCGCACCGAGAUAGUAGAACAGGCUCAUAACCUCUGCAGACAUCGUGGAUGCGAUUCGACGUACAAGAAGCUGGCCGACCGUUAUUACUGGCCGAACCUCUAUGACGACGUAGCCUGGUUCAUCAGAUCAUGCAAUGCUUGUCAGUACCGGGUGAAGUCACGUCCCAUCGUGCCCCUACAUAUUACGAUUUCUCCCUCCAUUUUGCGGCGCUUUGUCUUCGACACAAUAAACAUGCCCACCGGGAUACAUGGUGAGAAGUUCCUCAUACACAGUUCUGAUAAUGUGUCUAGAUGGCCAGAGGCCCAUGCUGUGAAGCGCAAUAACUCAAAGACUUGGGCACAUUUCAUUUUUGAAGACAUCAUCUGUCGCUUCGGAUGUAUCCCUAUUUGUGUCUGCAAUGGCGGCGCCGAAUUCAAAGAUGCGGUGCAUGCUAUAUUCGACAAAUACGGUAUAGCAGUCAUUAUCUCAACUCCUUAUCACCCUCAAGGAAACGGUAUUGCGGAACGCGAUGGUCAAACACUCUCUCAAGCCAUCAUGCGAUCGUGA